CUUUUUCUAAAAUCUGCACAAAAAUUAAUUAAAUUACGAUUAAUAUCAAAAUGAUGAUGAAAAGGAGUAGAGAAGGAGAAUACAGUGCCGAGGACAUAACCGCCAUGGCAGCCAAUUAUUUGGUUCUAUUAUCCACCGGCGGAAGAGCCGAUCAGGCGGCGUACGGCCGGGAAUUCACUUGCAAGACGUGCAAUCGGCAGUUCUCGUCGUUCCAGGCGCUCGGCGGCCACCGCGCAAGCCACAAGAAGCCGAGGCUUCUGGCGCAGGCGGGCGGAGCGCCGGCGCCGGCGCCGUCGCCGCCGAAGCCGAAGACUCACGAGUGCUCCAUCUGCGGAAUGGAGUUUCCGAUCGGGCAAGCGUUGGGAGGACAUAUGAGGAGGCACAGAGCCGCCGGCGGGACUGGUGAUGGUCGGAAAGUGCAGGCGGAGGAGGAUACGUCGCUGUCGCUGUCUCCGCCGCCGCCGCCGCCGCUGCCGGUGGUGAAGACGGCGGCGAAUAAUAGCAGGAGAGUUCUUUGUGUGGAUCUGAACUUGACGCCGUCGGAGAAUAAGUUUGUGUUCGGGAAAAUAUCUCCGGCCGUCGUCGAUUGCUUUUUCUGAUGGAUUUUUUUUUUUAAAAAAAAAUUAAUUAAUUAAUACAUUAUUUGUUCAUUUGUUAGUGCACAAUAUUCAGACAUUAUUUGUACCUUUUGCACAGAUAAUAUAUAUAAUAAAUC